AUGGCGCCCAAGAAGAAGCGCGUGACGAGCUUAGGGCGCCGACUGGGUGAAGGUGCAGAGCCGCAGGGGUCGGAACGCGCGCAGUACCUACAGCGCGAGUACACGUUGCUCUCGGAGCAGCUGGACGCCUGCGAGGGGCGCGUGGACCAGGUGCUACCGGAAAACAUGUUCCUGGACCGCGAGGCAGGGCGCUUGCGCGAAGAGAAUCGGUUUUACGCCAGUUUUGUAAACACACGCGCGCAGCGCUGUGCCAACGCCGUCCUGCGGCUAGACGAGCAGAACCGCGUGGACCUGGGACAGAUCCAUUGGGAGCGGUCAGAACUAGCGUCGCUGUACCAGGGGCGCGAGGAUGGGGUGCGUGCGCAGCUGCUGGAGAUGCAGGCGCGUGCAGCGCAGAUGGCGCAGCAGGUGCAGGAGCUGCAGCCUUACAAGGAGCUGCAGCUGGAGCAGCUGGCAAGGAUCCGGACGCUGGAGCGCGAGCUGCUGCACAUGCGCGUGGAGCACACGCAGCUGCUCCACCGCGUGAAGCGGCGCUUUUUGGAGGAAAAGGCAGCCUGCGAGCGUGAGGCUCGCCAGCGUGUGCAGUCUCUGGGCCGGCGCGCGGAGCGGGAGGCGACGCGCGCGCUCGUCACACAUACGCAGGCCGUCAAAGCAGACAAUGGGCGCCUGAGGCAGGAGCUGUUGCGGCUUCUCGGCAGGGCCCAGCUGCUGCACAAUCUGCGGCACCAGCGGCUUCAGCAGCGUGAGCAGCUGCGUCGCGAGCACGAGGAUACGCGGGACCUGGCGCGCGUGCACGGCUGGCUGCGCAGGGGCCCCGACGGCCCGCCGCUCUGGCAGCCGCCGGUCUCUUCCCAAACCACCUCGCGCCCAGAAUCAAACGCCCCCCCGUCCAUGUCCUGUGCGCUUUCUCGCGUAUCAUCGUUGGUCCCUUCGCUGGCCACUUCGAAGGCAGGGUUAGAGGCCUUUUCCCUAACAGUGACGCGCCGGGACUCCCGGGUUCCGUCCUUGACCCCGUCGCGCCCGGGCUCCCGGGUCUCGUCCUUGGUCCCGUCGCGUCCCAGUUCCCGGGUCGCAUCUCUGACCCUGUCGUCAGCGAGCUCCAGGACCUUGUCGCUGGCGAGGUCACAUGAGGGGUCUCGGAUCUCUACGCACUCCUCCUUGCCUGCGGCCUCACGGGACACUCUCCCCUCAGCAAAGUUCAACCCCAAGCUUCCCUCCAGUCGGUUCCGGGACCCCCCUCCUCCCACCUCACAGUCGGAGAAUGCGGAUGCCGACGCGGCAUCCGCAGGCGCCGGGCGAGACUGA